CAUCCCUCCAAAAUUGUAGAUUUCCGUUUCUGGGACGUCCAGGUGGACGGCAUUGACAGCUACGACGAAGCUUCAUCUGCUGUCCGAUCACUUUCUUACUACUUCAGCGCUGUGAUAUGAUAGCAAGUCAUGUGUAAUGACUGACAGAAGAAGGAUCAAUGGGCCGCCCGGCGGCACGAGGCCGCCAGUCUUUGCGUCGCUUUUGAAGUCCGCGACAGGCGCUGCGACAGAGAGGCCGACGCGGACGAGACAGCCUACUGAACUCAGAAAGAUUUUCCUAAAGACGGGCCUCAUUCCCUCUGCGACAGGCUCCGCAUAUCUUGAAAUCCAACCUUCCAACUCCACCACCAACUCGACUUCCAAGUCUCUUGUUCCGCCCUCCUCUGCUCUCAAACUCACAUGUACUGUUCAUGGACCUAAGCCUCUACCACGGUCAGCGGCUUUCUCCCCGAAUCUUGUGCUUACGACGCACGUGAAAUACGCACCUUUCGCUGCUCGCAGACGAAAGGGUCAUAUCCGCGAUGCCAGCGAACGCGAUCUCGGGGUGCACCUCGAAACUGCAAUUCGCGGUGCGAUCAUAGCUGAGCGCUGGCCGAAGAGUGGGCUGGACGUUACGAUCACAGUGUUGGAGGCAGAAGAUGACCGAUGGUGGGGCGAUACUCCGGGCUCGCACGACGCCUCGUGGGGAAUGAUGAACGUUCUUGCUGGUUGUAUCACAGCUGCCUCUGCAGCCAUCGCAGAUGCUAGGAUCGACUGUCUAGACUUGGUUUCUGGAGGAGUCGCUGCCCUCGUUGCGGAGCCUGAUGCACCGGACGCACCGAAACUACUGCUCGAUACCGACCCUGCUGAGCAUCAAUCCAUCAUAUCCGCUUGUGUUGUCGGCUACUUGCCCUCUCGUGAUGAGAUCACUGAGCUGUGGCUCAAGGGCGAUACCUCUAGGAUAUCCUUAAGUGCUGAUGACAAGCGCUCCGGACACGAGGCCUUAAUUGAUGGGGCCGUCGAUGCGGCUCGUGCAGCCCAAACGGUUCUCGCAGAGGCUGUCAGAGAAUCCGCAGAGCAUUAUGCUCAGAUGAUGGCCGGAUCUACAGGAGCGACGGGUAAUAAUGGAGAUGUUGAAAUGAAGGUGUAAAGCCAUGUGUUCUCCUUCACAACCUUUCUCUAAAAGUACAAAGCUACAGGUGGAUCUCUUUCAUGGUUUGGCGUUAUGCAGUAUUAGAAUAAAGAUACGAUUCAUGUCCCCAAGAAGGAACAUUUCUCUCAUUGUGCCAAUAAUGGACUAUUCGAUAAUGCAUGUACACAUGCUCCGCUGUCCAGAAGAUAUCAUCCGACAGAGAGCUAGGCCCGCAUAUAACGCUUUCCUGCAGAGAGCCCUGAAAGAGACUGCACGCUGAAACUUAUGCGGGCCUGAAACACACUCUUGCACCUAUUCCUUCGGUUUAAGAGUACUUCUGCGUAUCUAGCACUCUUCUGAAUUGUUGUUCAUGACCCUCAUACGGUUGAUCUAUCCUCUGACAGAUACUAUUUGAGACAAACACUCCGGAACUUCUCAAAUCUUCUUAUCCUAUUCUC